AUGGCGACAUCAACCUUGUCAACAUCUUGUAGUAACGUGUGUCAACAGUACGAACCAUGUUUAGUGUAUAAUGCUUGUCCAUCUGGAGUAUCAUGUAUCUCAGCCAACGAGUGCGUCGUUCAGUGUUUUGUCAAGCCGGCAUCCGAUCCAACAACUUUUACAUUUUUAGUAAAUUUUGGAUCAUACAAAAGCAAUCAAGAGAUAGCGAAAGCACAGAAUGACACAAAGUUUUUCAAAGAACUUCAAGUGCUUCCAAAUGAUACAACGACGUUUGCUACGGCAAACAACGACGUCAUGACAAUCAUUAAGAUGAUAGAACUCCAACCGAGUGUUACGUCAUUUGUCCUAGUUGGUGGGAGUAGUAUUAACAGUUCGGUGAAGAGUAAAGUGGCAAAUGUGACAUUUGUCUCGGACAGCAUGACGAUUAACUCGAGAGUGACGAGUGUCAAGUUAAAUAAUCUCGAUCUUUCCAAUGAAGCAACACUUGAACAACUACCCAGUGUCUUUCCACCAACCAUUCAGACAUUGAGUCUUACAAAUACACUUCUUUAUGCGUUUCCACCCGUAAUGGCCACAUUUACAAAUCUUCAAACCUUAUAUGUUGAUAAAAAUUAUAUUUUGGAAGUUGCAGCAACUGCUGCACUCAACUCACUCGUGCAUUUAAGCAUCAAUGAUAAUCGUCUCACAUCUUUUCGCGCUGUCUUUCCAAACCUUGCGACGCUCGAUUUAAGUCUCAACCACUUAACGGAAAUCCCUGCUAGCAUUUUUAUCCACGAUAAACUCACUGCAUUGCAGAUCAAGGGCAAUCCACUUGUAGCACCUUGGUUCACUCAAGCUCAAAUUGGAUUUUUAAAUGCGCUCACGAAUCUUGAUAUCAACAAUGCCGAUUUUUUUCAAAGUAUUGAUACUUGUCACUCAGCUGAUCGACGGCAAGUUCAUUUACUUACUGUGUGUAUAUCUGAUGCCAGACGCAAUGACGAAAUCUCGUCGUUAUCAAGUGCCAUGGUUAUCGUAGGUGCAUUUCUAGGAGGCGUUUGUCUCCUUGGAAUUUUCAUAAUAAUUGGCAUUUGUGUCCAUCGCUCGCGUGUACGAAAACAUACAAGUCGUCGCUCGAUAAGUGUGCGUGAAACGUACUUUGGUGGCUUGGCACCGCCUUUGACUUUGACUCGGUCUCCUGUUGUAAAAGGGUAUCGUGGUGGACGCCGUACGCCAGCCAAUGGUGGUCCUCGCUUUUGUCCUGAUUAUGAAUACGACGACGUGAGUAAUUCACCUCGUAUCUCGACACGAAGUACGCAUAGUAAUCAAAGCUAUUCUGCUUAUUCCGUGUGGAACGACGAAGAAUUAUUGUCCUUGCAAGUAAAAUAUGACGAAAUUGAAGACGUUGGAACGAUCAGUAGUGGUGCAUUUGGAAUUAUAUGGCUCGUCAAGUAUCGUGGGUCUCAAUUACUAGCGUCCAAGCGAUUGCGAGUUGAUCAAAUUACAAAGCAACGAACUCAAGCGUUUAUUGAAGAGAUCAAAAUGGCCGCACCGUUUGAUCAUCCAAAUAUUGUACGACUAGUAGGGUGUGCAUGGACGAUCGAAAGUGAUUUGCAAGCAUUGUUUGAAUACAUGGAAAAUGGAGAUUUGCGUGAUUAUCUCAUCAAUCCAACCUCUCCGCGUCACUGGAGUCAAGAAUUAUUGCAAUUAGCAGUGGAUAUCAUUGAGGCACUUGUGUAUGUACAUUCAUUCACGCCACCAUUGAUCCAUCGAGACCUGAAAUCACGCAAUGUUCUUUUAACGGGAGAAAUGACCGCGAAAGUUACUGAUUUUGGCGCGUCAAGGUACAAAUCAGUGGACGAAACAAUGACAGCAGCGGUUGGAACUGGUCGGUGGCUUGCACCUGAAGUGAUUCAAGGUAGUAACAAAUAUGACCAGUCGGUUGACAUUUAUGCAUUUGGAAUUGUCCUGUCGGAACUUGAUACACAUGCAAUUCCAUACGAAGAUGUGCGAGGACCAACUGGCAAUCGUUUGAAUGAUAUUGCUAUUCUUCAACUUGUUGCAGUGGGUGAACUUCGUCCACGAUUUGGUGCAAACUGUCCGCCAGAUCUUCGUCUAUUAGCGGAUCGUUGUUUGGCUCAAGAUCCGACGAAUCGUCCACCAGCUCAUAUGGUCGCGUAUGACCUUCGAGUUAUCCAACGCUCUCUCUACACGUUGCUUUAG